AUGCCGUCCGCGCAUUUGGAGUCACUUGCUUUUGCAAAAAUUAUUUUGCAUGUUUCCAAAUAUCCCCAUGCUGCUGUCAAUGGAGUUCUUUUGGGUGACAUUGUUGGUGGAAUGCUUGUUAUUCAUGAUUGUAUUCCCCUUUUCCAUGGAUUUCUUACUCUAACUCCAAUGCUGGAAGUCGCUCUUACACAAAUUGAAGCCUACUGCGACUCCUUGAACUGGAAAAUAUGUGGCUAUUAUCAGGCGAAUGAGGCACUUAAUUCUAACGAGUUGAACCCAGUUGCCACUCGAAUUGGGGACAAGAUCUUCGAAAACUGCGGGCAGGGUAACAUAAUAAUCGUUCGUAAUGACCGUUUGCGUGCUCUCUCAUCUGAAACCUUUUCGCUGUACUGCAGGCGUGAUGGUAAUUGGCAUGAGUCCUCUCGUCCUUCAGUGGAACAGUCUGCCGCUGAAUUUGUCAAACCUUUCUUGGAUGAGACCAUCAUAGAGGGCUUUGCAGACUUCGAUAAUCACCUGGACAAUGUUCGAAUGGAUUGGCGGAACAUGGACUUCUUUCACGAGAAUGAAAUCGAUAAGGUUAAAUAA